ACAAAUAAAAACACACACACUCCGAGGCACCUGGACACACCUGAACUUCCACUUCCGGAAAAUUCCUAAACAAACCCCGGAGCACGUUUCGCUGGGAAAACCGACCAAACCUUCAGGAAAUCUAUGCUACUGAAUUUUUGAAGGGAGAAACUCAAAUGUGAUCCCUGUUCUGAGAGAUGGCCUUUGGAGAACACUUGGAUGGUAUUUAAUGUGCCACUACAUAAUAAGUCUAUAAUAUUGUAAUUCAAGAUGUCUGAGGACCUUUCGUCUGACUCUGUGCCAAUGGUCAAACCUCCUCUAGUUCUGAAACCAGAACCCUCUGUUCCUGACUGUGAAAGAGAAAAGAAGAUAAAUACAGACAUGAAAAGAACAGGGGAAAAGAUCAGUGGUGCUGAUAUGGAGCCAAGCACACUGCCCUGGCCUGGAGACAAGGCUGAUCAAUUUGGCAAGAUAGAAAAAGCAGCAUCUGAUCUCAAACUAGAGCAGAGUGAAAUGGAUCUUAUAGGAGAGAAGGGGAGUGAGAGAUCAGAUAGCGGGUCCCUCCGUGCAGGAGUAAGCAGGACUGAGAGUGAGAGAGAGUUUGGUGGGCGAGAAAAGCGAGCAACGUGCGAAGACUGCGUGGAGGGAAAGCAGCCUGAGCUAAGAGAGAAGGUUCCACACUUGGAGAUUGAGGUGGAGGAGAUGAACAGUAUGCCGGAGAAAGCAGCAGGGGUCUUCAGUCCUAGUGUAAGCAUCCUGCGCUCCACCAGCAUGCCUGAACCGCCCAGGCGCAGGUCAGAAAUGUGGAAGGAAGAGAAUCAGGCCUUCCUUGGGAAUCCAGACAUACAUCCAGAUGAAUACUCAUACCAUGAGUAUCCCAGACAGAACAACUUGCAAAUCUGUUCAUGUGCUGGGACAUACCGUGAUGUGCUGAAAAUGGGCGUAUCUAUAUUCAUGUCAGCUCUGAUCUUCCCUGUCCUGGUUUGGGGUGGCCACACUUUCUUACCCUUUGAUGCGCCUCUGCUGGAUAGUGCCCCCUUAAGGCUGGUCUACACACUGCGCUGUUCAGUCUUUGCAGUCAUACCGAUUGCCCUGGGUGUGCUGGUGCUGGGUGUGUCCCGUGUACGCUACCGUUCUCUGAAACCGCACUGUGACGGAGAGGUUGAAGAGGUGAACAUCCACCGCCGCUAUGUUGAUGACUCUGUUUCACUCUUUCUCCUGUACUUCCUUCAGCUGGGUGUCAUGGCUGCUUAUCUGAACCAGAACCUUCUCAAACUGGUCCCUCUCCUCACCAUCAUCUUUGCCAUUGGCAGGCUGGUGUACUGGAUUGCAGCAGCAUGGGGCAGCAGCUUGAGGGGUUUUGGGUUCGGAUUCUCCUUUUUGCCUAUGCUGACCAUGUUGGUGGCCAACCUGUACUUCAUCUUCAUGGCUGAUUCUGCUGGCUCAAUCUUUGCCCAGGAUGACAUGGAACCACCCAACCCUCCUCAGGAGUACAGGCAGAGGUUCUGGGGAUAGAGUGAAAUCUGAUGCCCCAACACUAAUUAAAAAAAAAAAAAAAAAAAGAGAGAGAGAGUUUCUUUAUCUGUGCCUUUGUUUACUGUCUCUCAUUUUUAGUAGCUUCACAGAACAUGGAUCAAAUGCCUACAUACAUGGAAGAGGUAGUACUCCAGUUUUUAAAAAAAAAAAUCUUACUCAGAGGAAAAUACAUACCAAUUGUGGAUAUGAUGGACCUCACGCUCUGAUUUUGCCAUUUAGCUUAGAAUGAUUGUUACAACAUUCCACACCUGCGGUUUGGCUUGACAAAUUAUAUGGGGUAAAGGGGGGAAACUAUAUAUGGCUGCCUGCCUUAUUUAAGACACAUAGUAAGAAGAUACCCUACAGUGAUGGAUCGGUCUAUGAUGUUAUAGUCACGUGAAUAAUAGUGCUAAUGACUAUAAUUUCAGGGUCUAAUCAAGCAAGAUUUAAAUGCUUUAGUGACAGCAGGUUGCUUAAAAUAAAUGGCUUAUGAAUGUAACACAAGCAGAUGUGGAAAGAUUUUUUUCACAGACUUAACUGUUUCUUUCUAAUGCGAAAAGAACAUACUGAAUUUUUCUUUUCUUGUUGAAUGGAGUUUAAAAAUAUGUUGAAAUAACCUUGUAGCAUGUUUGUGCAGUUUGUGUGCAAUGUACCUGAAGUUCAAUUUUUUGAUUAAAAGUGGUAGUACAGAAAAGGAGAAAGGGGAAAUAAUUGUCUUCCAUUCCUUAGUACUUAUUUCAAUACAGAUUUUCCCGUGAAUGUUAGAUUGGGAAGAUGGGUAUGGAUUAUCUAAAUGUGUGGGGGGAAAGGGGGGGGGGUGUCAAGCUGGCAGACAAGGACAGAACAAAUGUGUUAAAAUAUCUUAAGAAUUUGAAUGUUAUUUUUGCAUGCUUUUGUAUUAACUAUUGUAAAUAAGAUAUAACAAAUGUCCUUUUGUUUCCUCUAAAAUCAUGUCUUUUAUAUCCUAAAACACUGAUAACGGAAGACAAGAUAUGCAGGAGUUUAGUGGGUCUGUGCAUAUGAUUGAGGAGAGGACUGGCAGGGUAGUUUCCUUCAGAACUAAUGAAGUUUUCCCAUUUGCUUGAUUUAUUGCUGAGUACUAAUAGCAAAACGAUAUAUAAUAUGAUAUAGCCUAUAAAAGGUCCCCUGCUCCAUCACACUCGUUCUCUGGCCAUUCUCACCAACCUGAGAGAUGCCAUGCUCUGGCAGUCCUCCGCUUGUAGAACCACGGUUACAUAUGUAAGCUUCUGUUUUACUUCAUUUCGUUUCUGACUGCCAGGGCAGUUUCUUUUAGAUGUAGCUGAGGCCGUGUAUCAAAGUUGUCACAAGGAUUUAUAAUACAUAGGUAAUAAAUAAGGAUCACAAGGAUUUAUAAUACAUUAUAAUAAAUAGUGCAAGCUGCCAGACAUAAGAGACUGAUAAGUGGUUCAAAUACCAGACUAAGAAUCACUCAGGUGAGGUUCAGCAUUCCCAGUUUUACCAGUAUGUUUGCUGUUGCCAGAUGUAGAAAGUCUAUAUAUGGGCAUUGUGUGAUAAUUGUGUGAUAAUGUAAUUUUCUGACUGCUUUUGUGAUCAAGACAGCUUUUCAUCUAUCAGAAAAGCUUGCAUACCCCAUAAGAUUCAUUCCUGUGAGCUGCACAGUUUGCACAUGUGCUAUGGCUCUUCUUGUACUUGUCUUUCAGUCCUAGAGCUUCCACAUGUGAGUUCAGGAGCUAUGUCUUUCUCGUCACUUGCUGUUGGGACUGUCCACACAGAGCCCGGUGAAAUUGGAGCAAUGGUCUGUGCUCCACAGCAAUGGGAAUGCAGAAAUAUGCAUCCUUCAGAUAUGUGGAUACUACCAGUGUAUGUUCACUGCUUGCAUCAGAUCUGGAAUGUAGAUCUGGAACUUUUAAAUCUCUCAGAUCUAAAAUGGUGCAUAUUCCACCUCUUAUUUUUUAAUCAGAAAAUAUCUCAAAAUAGCUGGUCAGCCUUUCUGGUCCCUCUACAAUUUAUAUGGCCUGUUUUUUUUUUUUUUUUUUUUUUUCCUAGUAGUGACUGCAUUUCCUCAGUUAGUACAGCCAGCUGGUUUUGAGUCUAUGGAAUGGACCCCUGUGUUUGGCAGUGUCCAACAGUGAAACUCUAAAUAAAACCCUGCACACAGUGAAGCGACGAUGGGAUCCCCUGGCAGUUUUGGUAAAUCGUGCUUUAGAGGCUUGAACAUGCCCUGUCCUGCCCUGUCCUGGUCCAAAGCUGCUUUUGUGUAUGUGUAGUGUUAUUUUAUUUUUUUUUGUAGUUGAGACCUCCUAUAGGCUGCAUGUGAGGUCCCGGUCAUGUAGCAACGUUAUUACCUAUUAGUACUUGUUAAGGAAAUGAGCAAGUGGAAAACUAGUUCUGAAGGAAACAGUCCUGGUGGUCUGGAACAAAAGUGAAUACAACUACAUCUGCACUGUUUUUGCUUUCUAGAAACCUUCCAUUAAAUGUUUAUAUUGAUAUUUGUCAUUAUCUCUGUUGAACAAUAUAGCAAACAAGAGAAUGCACUACAUUAUAAUUUACAUGAUUCAUUUGUUCCUGGUUUAAUUCUGUAUUAGCUUUAACAUAAAUUCAGACAAAUAACAUGAUUGCAUUUAUAAAAAUCUCUAAGUCUAUACAAUUUUACUGUGUAUUUCCUUUUUGCACUUAUAUACUGUGAUCUGACCUUAAUAAAGUGGAAGUAAUA